AUGUCUACAUCUCAACAAGAAGUUGUUUCCGAGACUGUUUUUGAAGUUCCUCAACCAGCUAAAAAGACCAAGUCUCAAUCAUAUGAUAGCGAUGAACAAUUAAAAGCUAAAGGAUUUCCACUUGAAACUAAAUGGACUUUUUGGUAUGCUAAUACUAAAGUAGAUAAAGAAGGACAUCAUCAUCAAGAACAUCAUGAAAAGGAAAAGGAUGGAAGUCAAUACCGUGAUUGUUUGACUAAACUUGCCACCGUUUCAUCAAUUGAUGAAUUCUGCAAAGUUUAUUCUUACCUCCAAAAGCCAAGCAAAUUGCCAAAGAAUAGUAAUAUUUCAUUGUUCAGACAUGAAGUAGUACCAAUGUGGGAAUCUUUCCCUCAAGGUGGAUGUUGGAUGGUCAAAAUUAGAAAGGGUGAAAAUGGUCAAACAUCAACUUUCUGUGAUAGAUUGUGGGAACAACUCGUUUUCUCUACUAUUUGUGAACAAUUUGAAACUGGUAAUGUUGUUGGUUGUGUUUUGAGUUUGAGAACUAAGGAAGACGUUUUACAAGUCUGGAACAAGAAUUCAAACAAUCAUGCUGAUAGAAUUCACAUUUGUGACCGUUUCAAGUGGAUUUUGCACUUUGGAGAAGGUGUUAUUGUUCAAUAUAAGCACAAUAAGCUUUCCAUCAAGGAUGGUAGUACUUUCCGUAAUGCUCGUACUUUCUUGGUUCAUAAUUCUGAAACAUCAAAUACCUUCAACUCAAUUGAUGAUGAAGCUGAAAAGACACCAACCACAACUAAUUAAAGAAUUUUAACAUUUU